AUGAGUUGGGCAAUCAGAACAAGUUUAUGGGAGAAAUAGAUGAAAUGGUUGUUCUAGUCAAACCGAGUUCUCAGCUGGUCAGUAAAACCAUGGAUGGAAACCAGCACAAAGUAGAAGCGAACGUUUUGCUUCUUGGAGCAGAAAAUGUUGGGAAGUCAGCGCUCACCGUGCGAUUUCUUACCAGAAGAUUCAUCGGGGAGUACGGGGAUAUUGAAUCAAUAUACAGUCAUAUUGACAAAACUGAUGGGCGAGAGAUAUCCUUAAAUAUUUGGGACUCCCUGUAUCCACAGAGCUGCGAAACGACCGAAUCCAUCAGUGACAAACAGCUUCAGUGGGCGGAUGGUGUGAUCCUCGUCUACAGCAUCUGUGAUCGCUCCAGCUUCGAAGUGGUGCGGCAACAGGUACAGCUCAUCCGCCGGACCAGAAAGCUCUCCACAUCUGCUCCGAUCAUAAUCGUGGGGAAUAAGCGAGACCUGCAGCAUCAAAGAGCCGUGUCCAGCGAGGAGGGCAGACUGUUCGCCCUCUCCGCAGACUGUGGCUUCUUUGAGAUCUCCGCGGCUGAAACCUACCACGGUGUGCUGCUGGUCUUUCAUGAAAUUCUGGACCUCAUCAAGGAGUCCAAAGCACUGAAAAAGGGAAUGGCUGGAAUUAAGGGCAUAGUCAGGAGCGUAUCUGCAGUUUUUGGGAAGAAACGGGAGUAGCGCUGAAUUGAUAAUGAUGAGACUAGGCUGAUCAAAUCACUCGUGGCAGCCGAGCAACUAGUUCAGAAGACAGCUCAGACCGAUGGGGUCUGGGACGGAAGUGGGUCGCUUUCGUCUAAUUCUAAUAAAACUAAAUGGGUGGUGAAAAGAGAAUGAAUAACGUUGAUAGCAGGUUAAAAGCUCAGGGCCCAGACUUAUAGUGAAGGAAAGUCAUUAAAGUUUGUUUUAGCAAGACAAUUAAGUGACUGCUGAAGAUAAGUGAUCCUGGGCCUUGAUACAAGUUGGCUAAAGAGUAUGUGCAUUUAAUGAAAAGAGAGGCAGUCCUUGUGAUUUCUGAAAGAAUUAUCCUUCAGUACUGAACAGAGCUGAAUUCAAGAGAGCUUUGGCUCCAGAUCUAAGAGACCUUAAAGGGAUAGUUAACCCAAAAAUGAAAACUCUCAUUUACUCACCCUCAUGCCAUAACAGAUGUGUUUGACUUUCUUCUGCAGAACACACAGAAGAAAAUCUGUGCUCUGUAGGUCCAUACAAUGCAAGUUAAUGGUGACCAAAAUUUUGAAGCUCCAAAAAGCACAAAGGCAGCAUAAAAAUAAUCCAUAAGACUCCAGUGGUUUAAUCAGUGUCUUCUGAAGCGAUCUAGUUGGUUUUGGGUGAGAACAGACCAAAAUAUAACUCCUUUUUCACUAAAUCUUGACAGCAGUCUCCUUGGCGAUCAUGAUUUCAAGCUCAAUUACACUUCCUAUAGCGCCAUCUAGUACUCGGUGCAUGUGUCAAAAACUAGUAAGUGUAAUCGAGCUUGAAAUCAUGAUCGUUACAUGAUGAGAGAAUUUUCAUUUUUGGGUGAACUAUCCCUUUAAAUAGAGGAAUGGACUUUGUCCCUGUUUAGUCCCCACUGACAAGUUUUUGAGGUGUAAAACUAAAAGUAGUAAAAAUGUAUAGAAAUUGUUUGUAUAUAUUGUCAUUUCUAGAACAUAUAUAUAAAUUUUUUUUUUUUCCUUUUUUUUUUUUUUCUAGUUUCUCUGAGGUUGGCUGUUGUAUGGUAACUGGUGAUUGUUACCGGACUGGUCAGUAUUCUGAUGUUCUUGAAUAUGUACCAUACAACAAGAAGAAAUAUAUUUGUUAUUGUUAUGAAAUGCCUGGAUCUUUAACUUUUGUAUGAAAAUAUGUUGUUCUUUGUUUUAAUGAGACCUUGUGUAUAUUUGUUAAUUUUCAAUGAUAAAUUUAGGUUUUCAAUAAAGGAAAAUCAAUCAUCUUUGUUGCAAAAGUGUGGUGACUCAUUAGCUAUUCUCUGCUUAAAUUAUCAAAACAACAAAAGCAUUUGUACAAUUUUUUUUUUUUUUUUUUACAGAAAGCACUGCAGGAGCUUAAGAGGUUUUGGGUGUAAACAAUAAAAUAUGUAAAACUUAAGCAGUUAAAUA